AUGCCUGAGUACCCAGAAACUUUGGUGAAUUUGGGGCAAACACCACGUCGUCCGUUCGUGAAAAGUAAUUUCUUGGACUGUAUCACCAGGAAACUCAAAAUCACUGGAAAGUAUGAUGAGAAGUCAACAAGAUCUAGCGAUAGUGGAUCGAGUGAUGGCACCAUAGUGACACUUGAGAUAUUAAAAGCAGAAAUCGAAGCCGACCUUUCUGCCUUUGGCGUCAACAGCGCUUACGAUCGCAAGUCUAAGGUGAUCAAUCGCGCUCUCAAUGAUAUGGGAAUGGGGAAGUAUCAGUGGCAGUUGUUUACGUUGUGUGGGAUGGGUUGGAUGGCGGACAACUUGUGGUUACAGGGCGUUGCCAUUACACUCCCACAGCUUAGUGCAGAAUUUGGUGUUUCCGAGACCAAUGUACGCUUUACCACUCUUGCACUAUUUGUCGGCCUGUGUCUGGGUGCAUCUUUUUGGGGUAUCGCAGCUGAUGUUAUUGGACGCCGUCCGGCGUUCAAUUUCACACUCGCUAUUGCCGGUAUUUUUGGACUCGCCGCUGGGGGUGCUCCAAACUGGAUUGGUGUUUGUGGUCUAUUUGCUUGCGUUGGUCUUGGAAUUGGCGGCAACUUUCCUGUUGAUGGCGCGUUGUUUCUCGAAUUUCUUCCACACGAUUCGAGUGGCCUCCUCACAGCGCUGUCAGCAUGGUGGCCGGUUGGCCAAUUCAUAUCCAGCAUAUUGGCUUGGGCAUUUAUCCCAAAUUACCCUGUUAAAUGGGGCUGGAGAUACACAGUCCUGUCAUUGGGAGCCAUAACUUUCGCAAUGUUCGUCUGCCGGUUCUUCUUCUUCCAUCUCUUUGAGUCGCCGAAGUUCUUGCUGUCUCGUGGGCGUCAGACCGAAGCCGUCGCCGUCAUCCGUGGCAUCGCUCAUCACAAUGAGACCCAGACGUGGCUCACGGAAGAGAUUCUCAAUGCCAUUGGCGGUGAUCCCGAAGUCGUUGGUGCUCAGGCUCUCAACACUUCAGAAAUUGUCAAGCGCAACCUUAGCAAAUUUUCUACCAAGCGCAUCGGUCCUCUGUUCCAUGGCUGGCGCCUUACCACGACGACAUGUCUUCUCUGGUUCAUCUGGGCAACUAUUGGCAUGGGAUAUCCCUUAUUCAACGCAUUCCUCCCGCAGUACCUCGCCAAUGCCGGCGGCGAACAAGAGAACUCAGUCAAUAAUAUCUAUCGCGACUACGCCAUUACCUCGGCCGUUGGAAUUCCUGGAAGCUUAUGUGCCUUGUAUACGGUUAAUUGGAGAUACAUCGGCCGCAAAGGUACUAUGGCCAUAUCGACCGUCAUCGCCGGUAUAUUCAUCUUCCUCUUUACCGUCUCGUCCAACAACAAGUUCCAACUUGCAUUUACCUCACUCGAGGCCUUCUGGCAGAAUAUCAUGUACGGCGUCUUGUAUGCCUACACCCCUGAGGUCUUUCCUGCUCCCAAUCGCGGGACUGGGACCGGGAUAUCGAGUUUCCUAAACCGUGUUGCAGGACUGUGUGCGCCGCUGGUAGCUAUUUACGCGGGCGAGGCUAAUCCGAAGGCGCCGAUUUAUGCUAGCGGGGGUCUGAUGCUUGCGGCUUUCGUAGCGAUGCUGUGCUUGCCAAUAGAGACCAGGGGCAGACACGCUUUGUAG